CGCGCGCAGAUAAAAAGGCUACGUAUCUCCAAUCUUCUUCCUUCUACUACUACCAGUAGGCAGUAGCUAGAGCUAGGGGAACAUACUCCUAGUGCACCAGUAAGCGAUCAUGGCGUUGACGGUCGUGGGGAAUGUGGCCGCGGUGACGCAGCUCAUCGAGCAGGCCACCGGGCUCAUCCGCAAGAUCAUUCGGGCGGUGGAGACGGCACGCCAGAACACGCUCGAGUGCGAGCGCCUCGCGCGCCGCGUCUCCACGGUCCACUGGGUGCUGUCUAGCCUGCGGGACGACCCGGAGAUGGUGCCGCCGCUGGCCGAGCUCAACAACACGCUGCAGGAGGCGCACCAGCUGGUGCUCAACUGCCAGAAGCGGAGCAUCGCCGACGGGUUCUUCGGAGCCCGCCGCCACGCAGACUCCUUCAGGGAUGUCAACGCCAGAAUUAUGUUCGACAUCAACGUCCUCAGCCUCAGGCUGCUCACCUGCACCGUCAAUCACACCGCCGCCGUGCCGACAACGGCCACGGUGCCGCCGCCGGCCUCCCCGCAGACCCACAUGGUGAGCUCCAUCUCCGACCAUUACCCCAGGACGUUCACGUGGGCGGAGAUUGCGGUAGCGACCAGCAACUUUGCCCACGAGCUUGGCAGAGGUGGCUCGCCUAAGGUGUACAAGGGCCGCCUCCACGGCGGCCCGGAGGUGGCCGUGAAGGUGAUGGACAAGCAGGGGCGGCAUGGCUUGGAGGACGCGUUCGUGCCGGAGCUCGUGAUCGUCUUCCGCCUCCGCCACAGCCACAUCCUGCACCUGGUUGGCUGGUGCGCGGACGAGGACGACCGCAUGUUCGUCUAUGAGCAUAUGUGCAACGGCACGCUUAGAGACCGCCUGCAGCGCGCGGGCGGUGGCUCCAGCUCGUCGGCGGCGACGGCGCCCUGGAUGACCCGCGUCGCGGUGCUGCUUGGCGCGUCCCGGGCCAUCCACUACUUGCACUGCGGCGCGCAGCCGGUGGUCAUCCACCGCAACGUCAGCUCGUCCAACAUCCUCCUGGACAUGAACUGGACGCCGCGCCUGUCCGGCUUCGGCGCGGCGGUGUAUCAAGCGGCGGGCGAGGAGCGCGGCGGCCAGGUCGUCGAGGAGGUCGUCGGCACGCCCGGAUACAUCGACCCGGAGUACAACCGCACGAAGCGUGUGAGCACGGGGAGCGACGUGUACAGCUUCGGGGUGGUGAUGCUAGAGGCGCUGACGGGCGAGGAUCCGGCCACCCAGCAGGUGGACUCCUGGCUCCUGGCCAUACGGAACGGGAAGCUGGAGGAUGUGCUGGACCGCCGCCCGUCGCUGGACCGGAGGCUGCCGCAAAUGGAGGCGCUGCAGAUCGUGGCGGACACGGCGGUCCGCUGCCUGUCGCGGAUGGACCGGCCGGCCAUGUCCAAGGUCGUGGCCAACCUCGAGGAGGCACUCCAAAUGAUACGCAGCCAUGAGCCAAUGUCCAUGGCACGCUGGAGCCUCAUUCGACGAAGAACCAGUGAGAAAUAACUACACUCAUGUCAAAAACGCUCUUAUAUCAGUGGAAUUGCGCAUAGGAUGGAGGGAGCAAUUCUCGGUCAAACGACAAAUAAAGCAUUUGUAUCCAAGGUUUUGUUUUUUGGUUGACCACCCAGAGGUUGUGAUGCCGCUUGAGAAAGAAAUUGUGUCAAUUAGCAUCUGUAUGCAUAUAUUAUCACGUUUCA